AUGCUGGCGUCGUCCUCGUGGCUGGGGUGGCUCGCGUCGCUGAUGCUCGACGAGGCGGAGGAGAAAGGUCUCUCCAGACUGCACGGAGAGUUGGUGGAGAGCUGUGGUCUCCGCAAGAUGGCGUCCAGGUCGGCGGGGAUGCGGGUGGAGGAGGCCAGGGAGGAGCGGUCGCCCGCCGUCCACCAGCCGCCCCACGCCCCCGACCUCCGCUUCGGAUUGUACCGCGGCGGACCCCGAAACGGCACUGCAAUCGUUUCGUUACCGACCGAACAAAAA